ACAUAUCUACACUAGCCGUUGGCUGGCCAAUUCAAUCUUUACCACUCUCAUCAACAAUUCUUCUUCCCUUUAUUCCCAAAAUAUAUAACCUCCAAAAAAAGGUUAAAAUAUCUCAUACAAAAUACAUAUAAGUGAUCAUUUUUUAGCUAGAGAAUAAGUAGUUAUUUACAUAUCAUUUUUUUUUGUUUUUGUUUCAUUUCAUGGAUUGCAUAGUUUUGCCAGUUGCAAUCUUGACAAGGCGAUGCUCGGGUCGAUUAUUAGGGUAUAGGCCACUCGUAGAAGAUGGUUAUGACGAUUCAAAUUAUCCGAUAACUGUGUUGGUGGGAAAGGAGAAAAGGGAAUUCUUGGUGGAGCCAUUUGUGUUAGAAGAAAGUCCAUUUAGAAGUUUGAUUGAAAUGGUGAAAAAAGAAGAUGGAGGAAAAGUAAAAGAAAAUAGAGCAAAAAAAGUGAUUUAUGUGGAUGUUGAUGCUAUAUUAUUUGAACACAUGUUGUGGUUGAUGCAAAAUGAUUGCUCUUCUUUGUUUCAACUCAAUCUCAAGGAGAUCAUUGAUUUCUAUGCUCAAGAUAUAUAGUUGAAAAGAAGAGACAAUUGAUUACUUAUUAAUCAUUAUGGAAGUAACAAAUUAAAGAGGUAAUAUAUGAAUCUUUUUCUUUUUUUUUUAAUUUCUUCCUUUUACCCUUUGUGGUAGGAGCUUUUUUGGUCUUAAUCAACACUUUAUAUUAUGGGGUUGUACAAAAAAAAGUUUCGAAGAAAAAAAAACUAUAUGGAUAUGUAGAAAUAAUUUAUACUUGGCAAAAAUGAAUGUAUGCCAAAUUAGCAAUUAAUUAAUACGUAGCUAUGUAUACUUUAAUUUCUCCUGUAUGUAAUUUCUAUUUAAUAUAACAACGUUUGUUUUUUUUGGUUA